UCUGGGAAGCAGGCUCUCCCCCGCGGGAGAUGCCACACAGAUAGCGGUGCGCUUGAUCUGAAGAGUAAACUAGGGAGCCGGUGGCAGAGCUGGGUUGAUGGGAGGCUUGGCAGCGAAGUUUCUCCUUGGACCAAGAUGACUGAUGGAAACCUUUCCGGCUCUACAAAUGGCGUGGCCUUGAUGGGCAUCCUGGAUGGUCGGCCAGGAAACCACAUUCAGAACCUGCAACACUUGAAUCUCAAGGCGCCCAGAUCCCUCUUGCUGCCGGAGUAUGGGUCCAAGCUGAAACACGGGGCUCUAGACCAGCACAGCCUGCAGUCUGUGGACUCAGGCAUUCCUACCCUAGAGAUCGGCAACCCGGAGCCUGUCCCCUGCAGCGUGGUCCAUGUGAAGAGGAAACAGUCUGAGUCGGAGAUAGUCCCUGAGCGGGCCUGCCAGAGCGCAUGCCCGCUGCCGUCCUACGCACCACCACCUCCCACCAGCGCCGAGCGGGAGCAGAGUGUGCGCAAGUCCUCCACGUUCCCCAGGACGGGCUAUGACUCGGUGAAGCUCUACAGCCCCACCUCCAAAGCCCUGAACCGCAGUGAUGACGUCUCCGUCUGCAGCGUGUCCAGUCUCGGCACAGAGCUGUCCACCACCCUGUCCGUCAGUAAUGAGGACAUCCUGGACCUCAUGGUCACGAGCAGCUCCAGUGCCAUCGUGACCCUGGAGAAUGACGAUGACCCGCAGUUUACUGAUGUCACCUUGAGCUCCAUCAAGGAAACCCAUGACCUACACCAGCAGGACUGUGUUGAUGAAAUUGCAGAGGGAAGUAAAUUGAAAAAAUUGGGACCAUUUAGUAACUUCUUUACAAGGAACUUGCUUACUAGAAAACAAAAUGCAAGACUUGACAAACAAAAUGACUUGGGAUGGAAGUUAUUUGGAAAAAUACCACUCCGAGAGAAUGCUCAGAAAGAGUCAAAGAAAGUACAAAAGGAAUAUGAAGACCAGGCUGGACGAGCUAGCAGGCCACCCUCCCCAAAGCAGAAUGUGAGGAAGAAUCUGGACUUCGAGCCGCUUUCCACCACCGCACUCAUCCUGGAGGACAGACCAGCAAAUCUCCCGGCGAAGCCAGCUGAAGAAGCUCAGAAGCACAGGCAGCAGUAUGAAGAAAUGGUGGUCCAGGCCAAAAAGCGAGAGCUGAAGGAAGCCCAGCGGAGAAAGAAGCAGCUGGAAGAAAGAUGCCGGCAGGAAGAAAGCAUCGGGAAUGCUGUCCUGACUUGGAAUAAUGAGAUUUUGCCUAACUGGGAAACCAUGUGGUGCUCUAGAAAAGUCCGGGACCUGUGGUGGCAGGGGAUCCCUCCCAGUGUGAGAGGCAAAGUUUGGAGCUUAGCCAUUGGCAACGAGUUAAACAUCACCCACGAGCUCUUCCACAUCUGCCUCGCCCGAGCCAAGGAGAGGUGGCGGUGCUUCAGCGCGGGCGGCCCCGACGUGGACAGUGAAGAUGCCGGGUUCUCAACAGCCAACAGAGAAGCCAGUCUGGAGCUGAUUAAACUGGACAUUUCUAGAACAUUCCCUAACCUCUGCAUUUUCCAGCAGGGCGGCCCCUAUCAUGACAUGUUGCACAGUGUGCUGGGCGCUUAUACUUGUUACCGACCGGAUGUGGGCUAUGUGCAGGGCAUGUCCUUCAUCGCCGCAGUGCUGAUCCUGAACUUAGAUACUGCAGAUGCCUUCAUUGCGUUUUCUAAUCUUUUGAAUAAACCCUGUCAAAUGGCGUUUUUCCGAGUGGACCACGGCCUUAUGUUGACUUAUUUUGCUGCAUUUGAGGUAUUCUUUGAAGAAAAUUUGCCGAAAUUAUUUACUCAUUUCAAGAAAAACAGCUUAACUCCAGACAUCUACCUAAUCGAUUGGAUCUUUACCUUGUACAGUAAGUCUCUGCCCCUCGACCUGGCCUGCCGCAUCUGGGACGUGUUCUGCCGAGAUGGGGAGGAGUUCCUGUUCCGCACGGCCCUGGGCAUCCUGAGGCUGUUCGAGGACAUCCUGACCAGGAUGGACUUCAUCCACGUCGCCCAGUUCCUCACCAGGCUGCCCGAGGACCUGCCCGCAGAUGAGGUUUUUGCCUCCAUCGCUGCAGUUCAGAUGCAGAGUCGCAACAAGAAGUGGGCUCAGGUGCUGACGGCAUUGCAGAAGGACAGCCGGGAGAUGGAGAAAGGAAGCCCGUCGCUCAGACACUGAGGCGGCAGGCGGACUCGCGCUCGGCACCGGAGCAGAGCUGCCAGCGCACCCGUGCUGUUUGGGGCGGACAUACUGGCAGCUGAGAAUGGGGGCUGUUUUCCUGUUUGGUUCCUGGUACUGCAGUUGGCCUUAAAACAAACCAAACUUUUAAAGGAUUAAACCAAGGCAUAGCCUUAAGAAGCUCGGUGGAAUGAUGACCUAGUAUUGACAUGGCAACCACUGCACACUGCAUGGUUUAAAAGUAGGGCGGCGGCUCUCUCCCCUUUUCCAGCAAACAUAAUUAAAUUGCGCUGCUUCUAUGUCA